ACUAUAUUGCGGUAUUUACUGCCAGAGCUGUUGGUAUUUUUGAAUUUGUCGGGGUGGUCACACUGGCACCCUGUGUUUCUUGUAAAAUUUUAGUCCAUUGCAUUGCCGUUUACGCAUUUCUGAGGUACUACAAUGGCAGAUGACACAAAUGAGGACAGCUGGCUGUAUGGCACCUCGAAUCCUGAUUCGACGACCGGCGAGCUGGGCAACGGCGGUGAUUCCCUGACGGCGGAGCACGAGUCGGCGGCUGAGGCUCAGGCGUUGGCUGAAUUGGCGGCCGGCGAAAAGCCGGGCGUUUCGGUAGGGACUGAUUCCGCUGAAGACUCGCCGCGCUGUCCAAAGGAUGAAGUGGCCGAGUACUCGGAGUUCGACGACCCCGCGCAGGAAAUGGAGGAGGACGAGGAAGCUUUGCCGAACACGGACAGCAGGAGCAGGAGAGAGCGCGACAGAGAACGGGAUCGUGGUCGGUGCGCGGACGGGGCGGACACCCGAUCUUCCCCAGAGCCAGAGGACGACGAGAUGAGCGAUGGUCCUGCCGCCAGGAGGGAAAGGAACGGCUCAGGGUCCGAGGAUGACGAUGACGACGACUCGGACGACGAUAUCAACGUGGUUAUCGGGGACAUUAAACAGGCCCCCAGCACCUACAACAUCAAGCAGCGACCCAACCUGCUGGCUGGAGGCACUGGUGUUGCCGGAGACAAGGCCAAGCCGGCUGGUCAGGCGGGGAAGUUUAGCAUCGAGGACUUUGAAGGUGCCGGCACCAUCAACGGAGUGGCCGUCCACGAGUUCAGUAUUGAUUCGCUUGAGGAGAAGCCGUGGCGGAAGCCAGGAGCGGAUAUUACUGACUACUUCAACUACGGAUUUAACGAAGAGACGUGGCGCGCUUAUUGUGAACGCCAGAAACGGUUCCGCGUGGCAGAGAGCGGUGUCGGACUGGCCAGCCUCACUCAGAAUAUGAAUCAGAAUGCCCCUAUUGGAAUUCUCACAGAUGGCGGCAUGGCCAUGGGCCCUCCCGGAAUGCACAGUAUCCAGUCGAUGGUGGGAAUGGGCGGAGAAAGCGGCAUGCAAAUGCCCCCACCGGGAAUGCCGCCUAUGAUGCAACACCAGUCGCGAUCCGGAGUGGGAUUGAUGCAGCGUCCGCCUAGACCCAUCUCAAUCACAGGCGGUGAUAGGGGGGGUGACCGGGAGAGAGCCGUUAAGGAGAACGCCAUUCAGGUGAUGACCGCCGAGUGCCGGGAGUAUUCUCGUGGUGGAUUGGGACCCAUGGCGCCAAACUUCCCGCUACCCGGCGCCUCUGAGGAACCCUUCUUUCACGAGCCAGAACCCUUUGACUACGGCUAUGAGCCCACCCAAGAGUCGCAGUGGAACAAUGACAAUGCCGGAUGGGUACCCAGUGGGAUUAAAGAGCUAACUCCAGGUCAUGCUCAUAUGCAACAGCCUCCACCUGGCAUACCGCCUCCUGGGAUGAGUGUGCCACCGCCGCAGAUGGGCGGUCCACCACCCAAUUUACGCGGCAUGAUGCCACCCAACAUGCGCAUGCCGCCAAAUAUGAAUAUGGGACCGCCACCAGGAAUGAUGAUGGGAGGAAAUGUGCCGCCACAGAUGAGAAUGGGUGUUGCGCCACCACAGAGAUUGGCCAUGGGCGAUCGUGGCGCCUACGACGACGACCGUGAGCGCAGAAGACGCGAGAAGGAAAAACUGUUAAAAAAAGAUCAGAUGCGAAAGGACUUCCUUGACAUGUUGCGGGAGCGACAUGACAUCGAGAGGCACACCCGGUGGUACGAUGUUAAGAAAAAGUUUGAGGCGGAUCCUAGGUACCGAGCACUGGACUCGUCCUAUCGUGAGGAGUACUUUGAAGACUAUUUGCAUCUGUUGAAGGAAGAAAAGCGCAAGGAACGUGACCUAAAAGAACGCGAACGACAUCGCGACAAAGAGCGAUCUCGUGACAAAGAUAAGGAUAAAGAUAAAGAAAAGGAAAAAGAUAAAGAUAAGGAGAAGGACAAAGAUAAAGAGAAGGACAAAGAUAAGGAGAAGGAAAAGGACAAAGAGAGCUCUCGUCGGGAACGCUCUCGAUCCCGCGAAAAGUCCAGCCGUCGCAAGUCCAAGUCCCGCGAGAAAGACCGAAGCGAACGAAGCAGCAAGAGUAGCAGCAGCAACACCGGCGGAUCCUCCAGCCGCAGCGAAAAAAAAAAAUCGUAUCGCAAGGACAAAGAAGAGGACGAAUAGCAUUUGUUUAGGUACUUUACGGUGGAGAAGCAAGAAGAAACCCUCUAAGCUGUAGAACAUAUUAAGAAAAAUAAAAAGUGCGAACUAAACAAAAUGUUAUUAAUA